UGUGGUUCAGCAGCAGUGGUAUCAUACACCCCUACAGGCACGGCGGGGCGAGACCGGCUCACGUGCGCUCACGGACAGCAACUCUUUACGGUGGUGGUUCAUCCAGCUGAUCUACGUCUUCUUUGUGUUGUAGUUGACCUUGAGCAAGUCUGCCUAGUAGAAGUUUUCCGCACGUAAACUGACCUAUAACUGUUUAAGGACGCUUUAAAAUUCGUCUAACGUUGAAAUGGUGUACUGAUCGAGGUGCAUCAUGUCAGGAGCACAUCAAACUUAUAUGAGCGGCGGUCUGCAGCAUCUGGCCUUGCCGCUGUCGGUGGGUGACAGCAAGGGUCCAGCGGACUCGUCAGACUCGGGUCCGAGAGAUUUCAGUCUCACGACGGGUGAGAUGAACGGUGACGGCUUGGACAUUGUCAGGGCGAAGUGCAGCGGCUCCCCUCGGGCACACAACGCAACCAACCCCGAGGACACGAAUGCGAGAAGUCCCUGUCUUCCCGAGACAAGUAUCACAGACUCAGCCUCUCCUCCCAGCACACCGAACCCGACGCCGAGUCAUGUCGGACCCUGCUCGGGACCAGGGCUGCCCCCAGCCCGCCGGCCUGCCGUCUGGCACCCGUGGGAUGAUGAUGACGACGACGAGGAGGAGGACAUUGACGAUGUGCCCAUCGAAGUGGAAGAAUCUGACAAAGCAGCAAACCCUGAAGGCGUCCCGGAGGACUCUGGGAACGAGAAGGAGAAUGUGGAAGACCAGGAGGAGUCGUGCCCUGAGGACGAGAGUCCAGCGGACAAGAUGCUCUCGAAGAAAUCGUCCGACGACAACAACAACAGCAAGUCCAAGGUGAAGUCUCGGGCUCGGGACCCGAACAGGUUGGGGAAACCUCGUCGCGUACGCACCGCCUUCACGUACGAACAGCUGGUGGCGCUGGAGAACAAGUUCAAACAAACCCGCUACCUGUCCGUGUGCGAGAGGCUGAACCUGGCGCUGUCUCUCAGCCUGACCGAGACUCAGGUCAAGAUCUGGUUCCAGAACAGGAGAACCAAGUGGAAGAAACAGAACCCCGGGAUGGACAUCAACGCCGCCAUCACUGUAGCCAACACGUACCCCUCUCCCUACCCCCUACCCCUCUACCCCUUCGCCGGUUCGCUGUUCAGGCCACAAGUGCUCUGUCCCCUCCCUACCAGGACUCCCAUCAUGCAUCUCUCCCCUGCCCUCCUGAAAAGAGAAUUCCGCCCACCCGGGGGUCAAGUGCAUCACUUCCUGCCGUCUGAACGCGUUUAGCACCGUCUGAACACCAUCUGAACGCGUUUUAUAUAGCACCGUCUGAACGCAUUUAGCACCCAACCUUUGAAAAACGAACUCCUUUUUUCUCGUCAUACUUUUCAGGAUUCUUCUGCAUAUUUCUAACGCUACUACAUGUAUAUCAAUAACGUUAAAUC